CCCUUUUUUACGCAUUUUAGAAGAAAAGAAAAAGAAGGAAAAAAAAAGACGACAUUUAUAUUUUUUUUUCUGUUUUCUUUUAACCUUUUCUUGCGUAAUCAACAAACCCUCCUCCUCCCACCCCCCCCCCCUUUACAUAUAUAUCUCCACCGCACAAAAAGAUGCAAUUGCGAUUGGAGCCGGUGCAGCCUUACACGCUGUUUCCACCUACUGCAACGGUGUUGACAACGACAACGGCAACCACAGGAGGAGCGACGACAACGACAACGACAACAACUGCGGCAGCAUCAGCCUUACCGUCGUCGUCGUCGUCGUCGUCUUGCUCGUCGUCGUACUACUAUCAACAGCAGCAGCAUCAUAAUCAUCAACAGGUGUUCCCGCCGCUUCCGAACCCGUAUCGUGAUGCUUUGCUGCCACCGUUAGCGACAACAACAACAGCGACAACAACUCACAACAAGCGUCUUUCUGCCUUUGAGCCUGUUGUUGCCACUUGUACUACUACUGCUGGUAAUAAUGCAAACACAGCCAGUCCAGCGACACCAUCAUUACCUGUUGUUGUCGACGAUAUUCCACGAUUGGCGGAUUUUGCUUCGUCGAUCAUUUAUCUCAUGUGGCACGCUCGGAAAAAGAUGGCUCUCAAAUCCGUGAAUCAGGCCUAUCUGAUCGAUGCAACCAAACCGAGCCCGGCAUUUAAAAAGUUCUGUUUGCAGGUCCUGACAGCCACACAGCUUUCUCAGAGCGCAGUGUACCUUGCAUUAAAGUACAUUUGUGCGUUAUUGCGGACCAACCCCACGAUCGAAGGUGCCGAUGGAUCCGAAUAUCGUCUGUUCACCGUAGCGCUCAUGUUAGCCAACAAGUUUCUUGACGAUAGCACAUUCACCAACAAGACAUGGUCGGAUGUGUCCGGCAUGAAGCUGCAUGACCUCAACACAAUGGAAGCGGAGUUCCUGGAAGCGAUUGGAUACGGGCUGUUCAUCCGUGAAUACGAGUUUGACCAAUGGAAGCACGCCGUGGAUGGCUGUCGCGCGCACGUGCAACGCAUGGCACUGGACGGCGGUGUUGUCGACAACACGCUGAUGCGAGACGUGCUGAUCCGCCUCGGCUUGUACCAAGAUACCCUGCUUGAGCAACAGCAGCAGGCCGUCUGGGAAUCCGCCUAUGAGGCCUCGCGACUGCAACUGGAGAACACCCAGCGCCAGCAUCAUCUCAACCUCUAUGCUAAAGCCCACAGCCUGGUCCCGCUACGGCCGCAACGACACACUGCGCCACCGCCGCCGAUCAGUCGAUACGGCGAUCCACCCUUCCACUACUAUCCGCACCACCACUAUCAACAGCAGCAACAACAGCAACAGCAACAGCAACAGCACCUGCAGCAACGUAGAUCAUCGAAUCCACCCGGAUUGCCGACCGAGCCCAUGUACAAGAAGCAGCUGCCACCGCCUGGGUUGAACACGAGCUACUACUUUGAAUACCAUCCGUUCGAAGCUUCGUCAUCGUCGUCGUCGUCGUGGGCCACAGCGACCAACCAGGACUACUUGUUCUGAAUGACUGACUGAAUGACUGAAUGACCGAAUGACUGAAUGACUGAAUGACAUAUAAAAAUACACAUCGUAUACUUAACCCCUCUCUCUCUCUCUCUCUCUGUCUCUCUUAUGAACCUAUCCCAACCCCUCUUCUUUAUCUACUAUCAACUCCCCUCCC